AUGAACAUGAUGAAUAAUUUGAUAAUAUGUAUUCUAUCCGUUGCUUUGGCAUUUCUUAUUGCACCGACGUUGUCGUUGACGUUGAGCAAUGAUCCAUGCGCCAGAAUUGCUAAGAAGGGCGUAAGUCACUUGUAUGAUGAUGUUAAAGCGUGUUAUUUGAGCAAUCCGUUUAACGUUAGCGCAGCGAAGAGGACGCUUCAGACAUUGAAUGAUUUGUUCAAAGAUCUCUACGUUUUCACGGACCAAUCCAAAGAACCAGUAAAGGAGGGAUACGACUUUACUCCAUUAGAUAUUCUCAGUGUCCUCGACACAUUCCUCGAUAAGAAAAGCUACACCACAGACUUUGAAUUUAAUAAAGAUCUACGCUUCACCAUCAAGAAGUUGCGCGAUGGUCAUACGGAUUUUCAGGCUGGUUGCUAUUUGAACGAUAUCGUAUUUGACCAACAAAUAUAUUUAUACUCCGUGGUUAAGGACGGAAAGCAGAUGAUAAAGGUGUUUGAUGACACGAUUGAUGGAAAAAAUGUAGACUGCGAGGUAACGCAGAUUAACUCGCAACCCGCUCUCCAGGCAAUUAAAGAGUUUGCUCAAACUCAGUUGUCCUCGUCAAGAGAUCUAGGAGUUCGAUUCAACGAUGCACUUGCCUCCGUUAGACAGAUCGCAAUUGCUCCAACUUCAAUCCAGUUUUCGGCGAGAACCGAUCUACCCGAGUCCGACUCAAUCACCUAUACCCUAGAAUGCCCGAAUCGAAAACCCUUUCAGCUUGUACGGAAAUGGAAUAUUACCACCGUAGAUCGCUUUUUGGAGUGGAGUGACAUGAAAACUUUUCGGCAAUAUUGUUUUUCCGACUUUUUCCUUUCAUAUGUCCCCCCUCAAAAGAAAGCCGUGAAUUCUCCACCAUUUACUUAUGGGAAGGCCAAACAGGUAUACUCUUCAUUGGCAGCAGAUGUAUAUACCUUAGGAGAAGAUAUUGGGAUAGUUGAGAUUGGAACCUUUUCCUUUAGAAGAGUCCCUAGUUCGUUGGCAUAUGACUAUCAAGCGGCUUUUCAGGAAUUGGUCAAAAGGAAGGUCAAAAAGGUUGUGAUUGAUUUCUCCAAUAACCCUGGUGGAUCCAUCAAUUUUGCUAUUUUCCUUAGUGGACUGAUAGUUCCUUCCAACCAUUUUGCAUUUCCAACAGACCUCCGGGUUCCGUCGACUAUCCAGCAAGUGAUUCGAAAUGAAAGCCGGCCGGAAAGUGAUGGUGGUUUUUAUAAUGCAAGUUCAUGGAAUUCCUUUGAAACCGGAAAGCCCUUUAAAAAUGCGGAACAAUUCAUUGGUAACCGAAGUCUUACCCGUGGGGGCACAACUGAUGAAUACUCGGCACUAUUCAUCGAUCAGUUACCCGACCUAUUACUUGAAAUACUAAAAGAUCAACGCAAAAGUCCAAUCCAAUUUCCAUGGGACAAAGAUUCCACGAUUAUCCUUACGAAUGGUCAUUGCGCAUCCGCUUGUGCACUGGUUUCAAGAUAUUUUGCGGAGGUCGGCCAAUAUCCAACAGUUGCCGUAGGGGGAUUCUUAGAACAACCAUUAUCGUUUUCAACAUUUCCUGGUGGCCAGGUAAUCGAUAGUGGGAUACUCACCGAAAUACCUGCUUACAAGCCAUUCAUAUCAAAUGUAGAACUAGAUUUCACCAUCCGGGAAGCAUAUAGUUUGAAAAACCCGAACGAGGUUCUGGACUUUCAAUUUAAACCUGCUACUCAUAGAUUGUAUUAUGAUGAGAAAAACUCUAGAGAUAUUAGUUUACUGUGGGAACAGGCAGCAGAUUUCUUAAAAUAG